CCCAACACAACAACUACAGGCAUUUUUGCAACCAUUGAAAGUAAACAAUGGCUUCCCAGUCGAAACCCGGCGAGAACAUGCUUUGGGGAGGCCGCUUUACCGGCGGCCUCGACCCAUUGAUGGUCCAGUAUAACGAAAGCAUCUUCUUCGACAAGGUGCUGCACAAGCAGGACAUCUUGGGCAGCAUUGCGUUCGCGCGCGCAAACUGCAAGAAUGGCAUCCUGACCCGGGAAGAGUUCGAGGCGAUUGAGCAGGGUCUCUGGCAGGUGGAGAAGGAAUGGGAGGAAGGCACUUUCAACAUCAUCUCGGGCGUCGACGAGGACAUCCACACGGCGAAUGAGCGGAGGUUGGGCGAGAUCAUCGGCAAGAACAUCGCCGGCAAGCUGCACACGGGCCGCAGCCGCAACGAGCAGAUCGCGUGCGACAUGCGCAUGUGGCUGCGCGACGAGCUGCGCAAGAUCGAGGCCCACCUGGUCAGCUUCCUCCAGGUCACGGCGGCGCGGGCGGAGAAGGAGAUGGACCACGUCAUGCCGGGCUACACGCACCUGCAGCGCGCGCAGCCGAUCCGGUGGAGCCACUGGAUGCUGUCAUACGGGUUCGCCUUCGCGGCCGACCUGGAGCGGCUGCGCGAGGUGAUCAAGCGGGUCAACCGGAGCCCGCUGGGGUGCGGCGCGCUGGCGGGCAACCCGUUCCACAUCGACCGCGAGGCCAUGGCGGCGGAGCUCGGGUUCGAGGGCCUGCUGUGGAACUCGAUGGGCGGCGUGGCGGACCGCGACUUCGUGACCGAGACGCUCCAGUGGGGCGCCAUGCUCAUGCAGCACGUCUCGCGCUGGGCCGAGGACCUCAUCAUCUACUCGGCGGCCGAGUUCGGCUUCGUCCGCCUCGCCGACGCCUACUCCACCGGCAGCUCCCUGAUGCCGCAGAAGAAGAACCCGGACAGCCUGGAGCUCCUCCGCGGCAAGAGCGGCCGCGCCUUCGGCCACAUGGCCGGCUUCAUGAUGACGCAGAAGGGCCUGCCCAGCACGUACAACAAGGACCUCCAGGAGAGCGUGGAGCCGAUGCUGGACCACGUCAAGACGGUGGCGGACAGCAUUCAGAUCGCCGAGGGCGUCUUGGCGACGAUGGAGACGAGGCCCGACAAGAUGCGCGCCGCUCUGGAUCCGUUCAUGCUGGCGACCGAUGUGGCUGAUUACCUCGUCCGGAAGGGCGUGCCAUUUCGGGAGACGCACCACAUUUCGGGCCGGUGCGUGGCCCUCUCGGAGCAGACGGGCAUCCCGAUGAAUUUGCUCACGUACGAGCAGCUGAAGGGGAUUGAUGAGAGGUUUGACGAGGAUAUUGCCGAGACGUUCGACUACGAGAAGAGCGUUGAGAUGCGAUCUGCGCAGGGAGGAACUAGCCGGGCGACCGUCCUAGAGCAGAUCAAGGUGUUGCGGGAAAUGCUGGCUUGAAGGUUGCAUGUGGGUUGAGAGGGUGUAAUAGGGAUUGGGUCAGAAUCCCCCGGGCGUCUUGGGCAUCUUUGGGGAAGGAGGAUGAACUUGGUCUUUUAUAUUUGAAGGAGCGGGUCAGAUGGGGAAGAAAAAGAAAUGUAAUACAUUGCGUGGUAUUUGUAUUUUUUCCAUCUUAGAACGGACUACCUUAUUUUCGUCCAUUGUCAUGAUGCUGGCAGAAUGGUGAUAACUGUCGCAUAGGCACACGGACCACGACGUGGUCCAUAGGGGAUCCAGGGGGGAUUUAUGUUGAAUAGAUUAUAGUCUUUUCGGUUACGUAACGGGCCGGAUUGCCAAGAGUAUAAUCCGGGUGGACGCUUGCAGAAUCUGCACUAUAUAAAAUACGGUG